AUGCGUGGCGUCGCCUCGCCCUCCACCAUAUUUCCCUCCCCUCCCCUGCAGCUCCACACCGGCAGUGGUGUCCCACAGCCAGGCACUGCCACAAUCACCGGCAUACUGUUGUCUCUCUUUUCCCGUGUCUUUUUCCCCUCUUAUGCUUUGUUUUUAGUUUCAGCCUCUGUUGUCAUCGCCGCAGCUGCAGUUGCAUGCCCCGCAUGCAUUUUGCUUUUUAUUUUUAUUUUCUCACCAUGCCUAUUUUUCUAUUUACUCUUGUCUGUAGGUUUUGCUGGCAAGGGCAUUUCCAUGUCUUUCCCACGCGGCUCGUUGCUUCAAACACCAAAACAACAGCAGCAGCAGCAGCAGCAGCAGAAGGCGGAGGCGGCGCCGGGCUCUCGUGCCUCGCUCCUUCCAGAGGUAGGGACAACAGUGGGCGGCGGCACUGCGCUCACUUUUCCAGAGGCCGGAGGCGGCGAAUAUCACUGCGCCUGCACUGACGCCGAAAAUGUGGUAGAUGAACAGGCCUCGCUGCAGAGGCUCGCCGAGUACAUUUCUUUUUGUGCCGCGCGGCGCGACGCGGUCUCGGCUCCGCCGUUUGACGAAACGAUGAUACUUGAGUGCGCGCCGAGCGCCGUUGCGAAGACGGCGGCCGACGCGGCAAUUAUUCGCGAUGUUUUUGCGAGCCACCCGUUGCUUUGCCUUCUCGACACGGCGACGCGUGAGGUGCUGGUGCAGGUGACGGAGCGGGAGGAGGUUGCACCAGGCGUCGUCAUUGCCCCGCCGCUGGAGAUUAACACAAGUUUUGUGAUUGUCACUCACGGCAGCGUCUACACCACGCCAAACGAGGCUGCCAAUCGCAUGUUGGCGACGAGGCAGUUGCAGCAGAACACUGCCCCCGGCAAUAGCACUGAGGAGCCAGAGCGACAGGCAGGGACCAACAGUAGCGCUGGUGACGGUGGGGCUAACGAAGUUGGUGCUCCGCACCUUCCCGGAGAGACUUUCUUUCCUGUCAACAUGAUGUAUGCCACACUGCCAUCGCACAUUGUAAGGGCUGGCGACGACGGGGCAACUAUCUUCCGACUGCACAUGCAGAGCUUUAAGUAUGUCUUGGCGAAACUAGCCAGUCCGCCGCAGGACGCACCAGCGACUCCCGUGAACAACACGAUCUCCGUAGCGAGUCUCCCUAGUGCGCAGGAGGGCGCAGCUAUGGAUGACUCGGCCAGCAUGGGGGAGUUUUUGCAACAGGCACAGAUGCCGCCAUACGUGUUUCCGGUGGAGGACGACGCAGCCGCCGUCAUACAGGACCUUUUACAGGUGUUGCAGGACGAGAUGGAUGCGGUGGAGACGCAGGAGCUCUGCCGGCGGGCACGAGAAAAGACGCGUCGACCCUCGGUUGUGGGCGAGUCUGUAGGGCGUAGCGACGUCUUUCGCCCAAGAAUCCUAGAGAAAUCGGGCGAAGAGCGUGCGAUGCUUCGGCAGAUGAUACGCCGUCUGCCAUUUUUUGCCCGACUGCCGGAGCGGUACGUGCAGUUCAUUGUGGACGCAUUUGAACGACGUGUGUUCCCCCCUGGUGCGUUGAUCACUGCCGCAGAUGGUGAGUUGAGUCACGAGUUUUACUGGGUUGAACGUGGGCAUGUCGUGAGCAGCGCUGUGACGCCCACACAUCCUUCGCAGCUUUUUCACGUCAACGUGAACGGCGGCGGAAACGGUGUGCUUGGGGGGACGCUUGCAUGGCAGGCUGGUGACGUCAUUUCUCUAGAGCGUUUGCUUUUCAUGUACAAUGAUAGCGUUGAUCAUGAGCCAGCACGCUAUGCUGCGGCAGAUCAGAAGGAUGAAGUGGUGCUCUGGACAGUGCGCCGAGUUGUAGUGAAGCGUAUCCUCAUGACGGCCACCCUCCGUGAGCGGCAGCGGCUGCUCAGUCUUAUCGACGGGGUGGGGUUGUUUGGCGCGCUCUCCAGCGUGGAGAAGCUGCAUCUGACGGAUGCCCUUCUCCCCACGGUGUAUGCACCCGGUAGCUGCCUUUUGUCCGAGGGCAGCACCCCUGACGCCAUCUUUUUCAUUGACACCGGGACGAUUGAAGCGAGGCGUGCGACGGAUCGUGCCACCGCGGCGCAUUUACAGUUUCUCGGCCGCAAGUCAUGCGUUGGUGCCAUGGAGGUGUUUACCGUGUCGCGGUCCCCGUUUGAUUACGUCGCGUAUUCUCACGUCACCGGCUAUCGUCUGCGGUGCGAGGACGUGUCCCGGAUGCUCGCGCACUGUACCCUGCUGCGCAUAGCUCACGGCUGGUGUGUAGGAGAGGGUGGGCGGCAAGGCGAGGGGCUGAGGUCGCUGGAGCGGCUGCGGCAGGAGCAGCGCGACGCCGCCUCGGACUCAGAGUCGGAGAAGGAUUACACAGACGACAUGUGUCCCGUUGUACUCAAGACGGCAGACGAUGAUGCAUUUCUGCACCAUUUUUUUUUGAAUUCAACAGCCUUCAGGGAGGCCACCUCAAUGCAGCGAGGCCUUGCUGUCGCUGCCUUCGAACCGAAGCAGGAACUGCCAUACGGUUGUGUUUUGUACGCGGAGGACCCAACCGUGACAUGUGAGGCGCAGAGGCGACAGUGCAUGUACGUGAUUGCUGACGGCGUCGUCACGCUGUCACGGGGUGGCGAAAUUAUUAUGAUGUAUCGGCAGGGCCAGGCGGUUAAUGUGACGCCGCUGCUGCAUAAGAGACGUGCCACACCGGCAACGACGGCGACUGUCACAAGUUCCACUUGCAGCGUUUAUCAACUCGACCGUAAGUCCUUUCGCUGUUUGCUGAUGUCGGCCUACCUGCGACAUUUGCAGAAGUCGCGCUCGUUACUUUUCACAACCCCACUGGCGUCACGUUUAGGCGACGCCGCCAUCACAGCAAUUAGCAACUGUGCCGUGACACGUGUGUUUAUGCCCGGUGAUAUUGUUCUUGCGUGCGGUGCAGAGGUGCGAUGGGUGGAGCUGGUACUUGAGGGCACCGUGGACGUGGCGCUCUGGAAGGGUGCGGGAAACGAGAAGAUGUUGCGAAUCAUCGCGUCGCUUGGCGCCACUGACAUCGUUGGGGCACUGGAUCUGCUGCACAAGCGCCCUUCGUCGGUGUGUUACCUCGCCACCUCGCGGUUGCGGACGCUUGGUGUCUCGGCGGAGGUUUUUCUCGACAGCUGCCUCCGCUCCCCCGCGGUGUUAGAGUACUUGCGUGAGCUGCAGCGCACUGGGCGCUACGCAUUUUACCAGAGGGGGUAG